AUGAACUCGUGCGUCGCUCUAUCUGACCGCCUCGGUGUGGCCAUUCCUAGUGUGUACUCGAACUAUAGCGAGAUGAACUCGUGCGUCGCUCUAUCUGACCGCCUCGGUGUGGCCAUUCCAAGUGUGUACUCGAACUAUAGCGAGAUGAACUCGUGCGUCGCUCUAUCUGACCGCCUCGGUGUGGCCAUUCCAAGUGUGUACUCGAACUAUAGCGAGAUGAACUCGUGCGUCGCUCUAUCUGACCGCCUCGGUGUGGCCAUUCCAAGUGUGUACUCGAACUAUAGCGAGAUGAACUCGUGCGUCGCUCUAUCUGACCGCCUCGGUGUGGCCAUUCCAAGUGUGUACUCGAACUAUAGCGAGAUGAACUCGUGCGUCGCUCUAUCUGACCGCCUCGGUGUGGCCAUUCCUAGUGUGUACUCGAACUAUAGCGAGAUGAACUCGUGCGUCGCUCUAUCUGACCGCCUCGGUGUGGCCAUUCCUAGUGUGUACUCGAACUAUAGCGAGAUGAACUCGUGCGUCGCUCUAUCUGACCGCCUCGGUGUGGCCAUUCCUAGUGUGUACUCGAACUAUAGCGAGAUGAACUCGUGCGUCGCUCUAUCUGACCGUCUCGGUGUGGCCAUUCCUAGUGUGUACUCGAACUAUAGCGAGAUGAACUCGUGCGUCGCUCUAUCUGACCGCCUCGGUGUGGCCAUUCCUAGUGACUCGAACGAGAUGAACUCGUGCGUCGCUCUGUCUGACCGUCUCGGUGUGGCCAUUUCCUAUGUGUACUCGAACUAUAGCGAGACGAACUCGUGCGUCACUCUGUCUGACCGUCUCGGUGUGGCCCUA